CUGGAUGAAUACCCAAGAAGCUAAAUCCAUGCUGGUCCUGGAUGCUGAGCUCCGGAGAAAUAUUCCGGGACUUUAAAGCACAAGGAGGCCACCAGCAGUUGUAACUGGAAGCUUUUUGGCAAAGGCCCAGAAGACUGGCUAAGGCCAAAGACGGUGCUGCAGCCGCUUGGCUUGCUUGACCUGCCCCCGGGGUCAGUACCCCUUUACCAAGCAACCCCGUCACAGAGUGUUCAGGCUGGCAGCGCCCCUUGAGGCCACUGGACCUGCACCCUGCACCCUCGUCUCACACGUGAGGGGAAAAAAAAAAAGCCCCUGGGCUGGGUAUGGUUCUGAGGCAGUUUAGCAGCCAGAAAGAACCCUGCCUCCCGCCAUCCCGCCUACAACACUCCCCCCAGCAUCCUGGCUUCUGGACUGGGAGUCGAGCUCUGAGACUUGGAAUCUGACCUCCAAGCCCUGAAAUGCUGCCUGCACUCCUUUACUAGAUUACUUACUGCUGAGGCCACGAGAGGAGAUUUGGGCACUUUUGCAAAGGAACUGACACAGAAAACAAAGGGCAUGGAAGGAAGGCUCCAGGGUGACCCCACGGGCAGCUAGACCUGCUCCACCCACAACCUCCUAUUUUCCUGACCCAGGUGGCAUGCUUAACGGCAGUCACCCUCUGUCGGGUCCACUGGGCACAUCUCUUGUGGGUUUUGAGCCGAAAUAACGCCCUUGUUACUGCCUGGGGAAUUUGCACAAAUGGUGUGUGAUUUGGCCCUUCUGUGUUUUCUUUUCUGACUUGGAGGUAAAGAAAACCCCUCACCCCCCACCGACACUCUGUUUAUUCAACUGGGAGGGCUUUCACACCCAGAGACCCAGCUCCCCCUCCCUGAGCUCCCUGUUCUAAAUCUUCAUCCCUCCUCCUCCGGGUCCCCCAGCCCUGCUCUGCCCUGAAUAAUUUAUGAGUCCAGACAGGCCUUAUAAAAGGGUCUCCCAGGAAAGGCCAAAAGAAUGCAGGAGGUUCUGAGAAAUGAGAGCCCCUACGGCCUGCCUGGCCUCAACCCCCUAAGGAUGGACCCUCCUGUUCCCGCUGCUGCUGCCCCUGUCCCAGCCCCAGUCCUAGCUCUAGCCCCUGUGCAGCACCCCCGGGCACUCCCUGACCUAUUAAGUCCAUCGGUCCUUGUUUCCUCUGGACAGCAAGUAGGUGGCAAAGAAAGAGGAGCUUGUCUCUGGAGGCCCUGGCUGUCCUCUACAAGUGACUCUUCGAGCCAGGUUUGGAGACUGAUAGAUUCGGCUACUGGUGGUCCAACAGGUGCAGAAGUCACGAAGACUGACUCCAAGUUCCAUCAUCCCGUCAGACUCUUCUGGCCUAAAUCCCGCUCCUUUGACUACCUGUACAGUGAUGGGGAGAUUUUACUGCAGAACUUCCCUGUCCAGGCAACCAUCAACCUAUAUGAGGAUUCAGACAGCGAAGAGGAGGAGGAGGAAGAAGAAAGGGACAAGGAAGAGGAGACAGAGGAAAGGGGGCCAGAAGAGUGUGUGAGGGUACCAAGGUCAGCACCACACACGGCCACAGUUCAUCUUCCUUCCCUUCUCUUGACAUGCCCAAACUGAACUGGUCAGAGUCUGAUUGGCGUUCAGUAUGACUGGCAAGGCUCUAGAACAUCAGUGAGGCAGGAAUCUCCAGAUACAGCUUUGUGGAUUAUAAGUUGGGCCCUGGAGUGCCCAGCUCACAGUGGCUGCAUUCAAUUAGCCUGUGAGCCCAGGCCUCUGGCAUCUCAUUGUCUGUGUUGCUGUGGUGUUGACAAUGAGGGGGUCCAAGGAGCUCUAGGGGAAGACCUGCUUUCUGAAGCACCUCAGAAACAGUUCAAGACAAUACCUGCUUAUGCAGAGAGAACCAGUUACUCUUCAGGGGGUCUUUGACUCCCCAGCAUUCCAGCUAGCCCCAGAGUCCUGCCUUCCUUCAUAAAGCCUGACUUCUGGCUUCCCCUGCAGAGACACCAAUAUCAGAUCCAAGCAAAAUGGAGGCACCUCUUUGAGGCGCCUUGCAGGAUAGGAAAGGGGCAUCUAGGAAAUCAGCUUGCUUUGGAGAACCUCCAUGUAUUUUGCAUGCUAUCCACUGAGGUCUGUAUGUUGGUAUGAAACAAAUCAGGUGAAAAAUAAACUAGAUGAUGU